CCUUUUAACAACUCCAUUCUAGCAUCUGCUAUUUCUCAGCGGGCCCUUCGCCCAAUAUGAAUGAUAAAAUGCUCCCUGCAGACGCAUCAUCCUCCCAGAAAGCGGUGGCUGUCAAAUCAUUGCCGUUUAAACAAUCUAAUUUUCUUCAUUCGGGUAUUGGAGGUGCAGCAGCUGGCAAAAAGAACAGGACCUGGAAGAACCUGAAACAGAUUCUUGCCCUAGAAAGGGCAUUGCCAUGGCAACUAAGCGAUCCUAGCUAUUUUUACAUUGAUGCCCCACCUUCUUGCAAGCCGGCUAAGAAAUAUUCAGACAUUUCAGGACUUCCUGCCAGUUAUACUGAUCCACAAACCAAGCUGCGGUUCAGUACGAUAGAAGAAUUCAAUUACAUCAGAAUGCUUCCCACAGAUGUUGUCAUUGGAUACUUGACUAUAAGAAAAGCAACCAGCAUAGUACCAUAGCAGGUAGACAUAACUUCAAAACAGCAUUCUUGAUGGGUUACUUUAAAGGUUAUUUUCUACUGUUCAUACAUUGAAAUCCACUCUAAAACUGUACGCUCCUAUGCUUCCUUUAGUAGUGACCGCAGGCAGCCAGCCAGAAUGUAUUUUAAAUCUAUGCCUGUACAAGGGGUUUUGAAUGCUGUAUGUAAAAUAAUGGACUUUCAACCACUAAAAUAAAUAUAUAAAGAAAUAGUUAUGAACCUGAAACUACACAGUGUAAAAUAAUGUUCUUUCAGUUUAAAUCUGAAAAGGGAAUAUGACUGGCAUUA